AAUAAUUUAUUUCGAAAAAUGCCAAUUUAUCAUUCUCAUUAUGCUCCUUACCGUCGUCCUGUGGUCGUUGCGAGACCUUAUUACUAUCAUCGUCCAGUUGUCGUUGCAAGACCGUAUUAUCGUCCCUAUUAUCAUUAUGGUUGGUAUCAUCCCAGCUACAGCAUUGGAGGAAAUUUUCCCAUGUAUGGUGUCUACAUAAUCAUUGGUGCCUUCAUCUUCAUCGGGGUCGUUGUUGCAAUUGGUUUCUGCAUAAGAGCUUGUCGUUACAAUAGAUACAACGAAAAUGCCUACAACUACAACAAUGACAUGUAUCAAGGUGCUUAUCCAGCUCAAUAUGCUGGAUAUCAAGGAGCUCCACCACCAUAUGAUUAUCAACAACAGGCUCCAGUUUAUGGUUACCAGCAGGCACCUCCUCCAGCCUACGACAAUCAACAAAUGCCGCCACCAGCUGCCAACAAUGAGCAACCAGAUCCGGCGAAAAACGUUGAACCAAUUGCUCCACAGGAACAUAGUGCACCCAAAAAGGCCGCAGCUCCAAAGUCAACUGCAAAAUAAUUUUGUUUUCAGUACAGAAGAAUUGAUAGCGACAGAUCGUUAAACUUUAUAGUCCUGUUUUGCAAGUAAACCGGUUAUAAAUUGUCUAAUAUUUGAAUCAAAAUAAAAGUGAAAGAAUUUGGAA